AUGAAGUCAUUCUCUACCUUUUUUCUUUCCAGCGCUGCCAUCGUCACGGCAGUGUCAGCUUUGGCUACUCCACAAGUGCCUGUCCAAAAACGAGCUACAGUCAAUGGUCUUCCUACGGGUGGAGUAGUGUCUAACGGCGUAGCUUUCGGUUUCCUUCCAUCAGAUGGCUGGGAGGUGGCUUCUCCAGCCUAUACCAUGGCUCAAAUAAACAGUAAACUCGGCGGGAAAGCAAGUACCUAUGGCUGGUAUGCGCAGAUAUCAUCUACCGCAUUCACUGGAUCUCAACUUCUCCAACGUCUUGAUGAUGUUGUUUCGUCUGGUGCUGUGUUCCAACCGGCGGUUAUGCCAACUAUUCCUUUUAGCGAGGUGACUAGCAGUGUGGCUAGUCAGGUCGCAGCUGUGUUGGAACAAUUCACGGCAAAAGGGGUAGAAGUCUGGUUGCGAUUCAGUCAUGAGAUGAACUACUAUGUCACGGAUGGUACAUACCACGGAACAGCAGCCGAAUUCAUUGCCGCAUGGAAGAAUAUCCACGCCGCUGUCUCCAAAAACCCAAAAAUUAAAAUGUACUGGUCCCCCAACGUCGAUACUUCAUCUGCCCCCGUCGCCCCAUACUGGCCCGGAGCAUCCUACGUCGACGUCGUAGGUGUCGAUUGCUACCCCACAUCAUCCCCUCUCUCCCCCUCCGCAUUUUCGAGCUGCUACAGUAACUUCUACAAAACCUACUCCGCUGCAAAUAACAUCCCAUUUGCUAUUGGCGAGACAGGAUAUGCUGGAUCUUCUGGAAAUGCUGCAUGGAUUAGCCAAUUGGUCAAUCAGGAUAUGUGCGAUUAUCCAAAUUAUAUUGCGGCAUCAUGGUUUGAGUACAACAAGGAGACAGACUUUUUGAUUGUCGAGGGUAGUUCAUCGAUUCUGUCUUCUUCCCGACAACUACUCUUGCACAACCCGAAGACGGGUUGUGGUUCUGCUGGAAAUCCCACAUCAACCACACUUGCGACUAAGACCGGUAGCACAACUUCUACGAAGGUUCCUAGUCAGACCGGUACCUGUACUUGGGGGUGUAAUGGGUGGGACUGUAGCGCAUUCAGUCCUUGCAACUCUGAUUAUACUUGUAUGAGAGGUUAUUGUCACUAG